AUGAAACUCAUCACUGUAUACUUGGUGGCUCUGGCGCUGCUAGUUAGCUCAGCCCUUGCCCGACCCAAUCUGGUGGAACCGAUCUAUCUACGACGGCGCAGCAAUCCAUUGGAGAUCGUCGAGGAGAGCGUAGAAACGAGCAGCCUACCACAGGACAGUUCGGCCCAAAGUAGUACGGAGCAGCUGCAGUCAACCAUCGCCGGUAGUUCGGAGGCCGCCACCGACAGGACCAGCACAAGCACGAGCAGCAGCAGCAGCAGCAGCAGCACGUCCACGCACCAACCAAGCUACGCGUUCAAGCGUCCCGAGCUGCUGAAGACGAAGAUGGGCACGUCUGGUUUUGUGGUGUCCACCAGCACGAAAGUGCUAACCGGGGGUGCUAGUUCCGCGUCCGGUGCCUCCCAACGCCCGCGCCCACAGGGCACAGUUGUGUUGGGUUCGGGUGAAGCGAAAGCCAACGAUCAGCUAACAUCCCUCUUUGAUCGCUAUUCAGGGCACGCAGGUGUGGCAGAACCGAUGACGGACGAGGAGUACCAGAACGAGCUGCAUCGUGCGACGGAACGGGUCCCUCUACGUACGACCACCCCGAAGGAAGGUCUCUCCACCUGGGUACUGCUGUCCGGAAGUGAUUCUAGCGAGAUGAAGAGUGAGUCGACGAGUGCUACCUCGAGAAAGGCGAUUACCACUACCACAACUACCACGACGACGACGCCUAGUACGACACCCAAACCACCUACCGGCGCUACGAAACGGUACCAACCAACUACGAGACGUGUGAUGCAAACGACCACACCACGUCCUGCACGAACAACCGUAAGCUCUAGCAAUCUGGAGGAAAAGAAAGACAAACCGAACAAACCAUUGCCGAAGCAAAAGAUCGCAUCCACCACACUUAAGCCGGUGAUUGUGAAGAAGGUUAAGAAACCGCUUACUACAACCACAACCACCACGACGACCACAACGACGACUACCCCGAAGCCAACAACUACCUCAUCACCAACGGUCACCACCGAGAUGGUCAUUACGGAGCAGAGUGCCUCCACGGUGGCUAACGAUCUAUCCGCACCCGUCACCGAAGACAACAGCUCGCAGGAAUCGUCCACGUUUCUGAUUCUUGAACCGAAAGACGCUCAGUUCGAUCUGCCCGAAGAUCGUUCACCCUCGAAAACGGCACCAGCAGCAGUAAAUGGUGGUAAAGUGGGUAAGAAACCAACCCGCAAACCCAACGCUAAAGCUCCCGCUGGUGGCACGAAGAAGAAGCCCGCCAACAAGAAAACACGCAAACCGGAAGUGAAGGACGUGAUAGCGAAUGAUAAGAAACCGGGCAACAAGAACAAGCCCGUCUCGACGCAAAUCAUCAACUAUUUGUCGCGUGAGGUAAUGCCCACCGUCGGUGUGGGACUGGUCGGGUUGGUAAUGGCGGCCGGGUUGGCUUCGUACUUCCUCGGUAGUCCGCUAGGUGCGUUACGUCGCUCGGAUGAUCGGAAGGAUGAUCUUUACUACUCCAACUACGAGGAGUAUGCCGGUCCGGAUGGACAGAAUGAGGAGGAUGUGUUUGGGAAGUUGAUUGCCGGUAUGCCGGAUCGUUCCUACUAUCGGAACAAUGCGGUACGACGACGCACGCAGGUACAGCCGGUAAGAACUGGCCAUCAGUAUUACCAUGUGCAACCGUACUCUGCCAACAAGUAUCCACACAUUACGUACCGCAAUCGGGCUUAUGGUGGACAAGCCGGUGGUCCGAGUGCACCGGAAACGAUGUACACGAAUGUGAACCGACCGGCACAGGGUGCACAAGCGCAGGUGCAGGCUCAGAGUCAGGCAAAGUCACAAAACGAGUUCUUCUACAACACACCACCGACACCGUACUAUCCGAUGCGGACGGUAUCGGUUGAGGCGCCGACCCGUCAACCUGCCCCAGUGUAUAGCUCUUCUCCCGUUGUAACAACAGCAAGCAGUACGGCGAGUCCUUCCGUCACUACAGUCGAUUCUAGCGCCGCGGCAGAUACGAUCGCUGAGUCGGAGCACGAAAUGAUGCCCCAUCCGGAAGCCUACUCCUCGGAGCAUAGUCCCGAGCAUCAUGCACACUAUGUCGUUGGGACGAGCUACUCGGACAGUAUGCUGGACAUGAUCAAUUCCGUUCCCGAGCAUGGGCCACGAAGAAAGCGACGGGCGGUAGAGUCGGAUGAGGAUGUUGAGUUUGAGAAUGAGAUUGAUGUGGAUGAGGAUCGUCCGAAAGACACGCCAGCUCAAUCGUCCCAUUCUGGGGAAGUGACGGAGAUGAGUGAGACAACGACGGGUGCGGAUGGUAUGGACACGACCACCGAAGCUCACCGAUACACUUGGGGUGACUUUAUCCGAAACACGGUCGAGCGUAAGGUGGCAAUGGGAAUUCAUUUCCUACAGCACGUCACCAUGGACUUUCAGCGAUAUCUGAACGGUGUGCACGAUCGGUUCCAGCAGCAUCAGCAUCAAAAUCACACCUCAACCACUACUCGCCGGCAGUAG